AUGUUUCUUAAAGGACUGUGUGUAGUUAAGAAAUGGUGUAAUGGGGAGCGAGACCCGCAGACCAUUGACAGUGAAUAUGUGUCAUAUGACAUUUGCAGAUAUGUGACAAUUUUUCUUUCUUUUUUCUUUCAUUUUUCUGAAAGUUUUAAUGACAUUUUCUCCUCUUUUCUUUCUUUCUUUCUUUUGUAUUUAAGAAACAAUUCAUUUUUCUUUCUUUUUCCUUUCUUUCUUUUGCCCUUUAGUAAUAAUUUAUCUUUCUUUCUUUUUUUCUGGAUAUUGACAAUUCAUUUUUCUUUCUUUCUUUUGCAUUUAAGUGACAAUUCAUUUUUCUUUCUUUCUUUCUUUCUUUCUUUCUUUCUUUCUUUCUUUCUUUCUUUCUUUUGCCCUUCAGUGACAAUUCAUCUUUUUUCUCGAUAUUUUAAUGACAUUUCUCUUUCUUUCUUUCUUUCUUUCUUUCUUUCUUUCUUUCUUUCUUUCUUUCUUUUGCACUUAAGUGACAAAUCAUUUUCUUUCUUUCUUUUGUCCUUCAGUAAUAAUUCAUCUUUCUUUUUUCUCGAUAUUUUAAUGACAUUUCUCUUUCUUUCUUUCUUUCUUUCUUUCUUUCUUUUGCAUUUAAGUGACAAAUCAUUUUCUUUCUUUCUUUUGUCCUUCAUGAUAAUUUUUUUUCUUUUUUUCUUUCAUUCUUUUCAACAUUUUAAUGUCAUUUUCUCUUCUUUUCUUUCUUUUUCAUUUCGUCGACAAUUCAGAUUCUUUUUCUUUCUUUUGCAUUUUAAUGACAAUUUUCUUUUGUUCUUUCUUUAUUUUUCUCGUUCCUCUUCUGCAUCUUAA